CGGCGGCCGGCGGCGGCCAGGCCGCGAUGGCGACCAGGAAGGCGGGCUCGCGGCUGGAGACGGAGAUCGAGCGCUGCCGCUCCGAGAGCCAGUGGGAGCGGAUCCCCGAGCUGGCGAGGCAGCUGUCGGCCAAGCUCAUCGCCCACGAUGACAUGGCGGAGCUCCUCCUCGGGGAGGCCAAGCUGGAGCAGUACCUGAAGGAACACCCCCUGCGGCAGGGCGCCAGCCCCCGAGGCCCCCGGCCCCAGCUGACGGAGGUCCGCAAGCAUCUGACCGCCGCCCUGGACCGAGGCAACCUCAAGUCAGAAUUCCUGCAGGAGUCCAGUCUGGUCCUGGCCAAGCUGCACUACGUGGAAGGGGACUAUGACGGCGCGCUCGGCCUCUACGCCCGGGCGGGCCUGGAGGACUGGCCGCUGGCGGGCGCGCCCCCCUACCGGCUGCGCAUGGCCGCCGAGGCCUACGCCACCCAAGGACUCUGUUUAGAGAAGUUGCCUGUGUCUUCUUCUACCGGCAGUCUCCGCGUGGACCGGGAACAGGACGUCAUCACCUGCUAUGAGAAGGCGGGGGACAUUGCCCUCCUGUACCUCCAGGAGGUAGAAAGGGUAAUACUUUCUAAUAUUCAGAACAGAAGUCCUAAGCCUGGCCCUGCUCCCCACGAUCAAGAACUAGGUUUUUUCCUAGAAACGGGACUGCAGAGAGCCCAUGUCCUCUAUUUCAAAAAUGGGAGCCUGACAAGAGGAGUCGGGAGAUUCAGAGAGCUCCUCAGAGCGGUUGAGACGAGAACAACCCAAAACCUGCGGAUGACGAUAGCCAGGCAGCUGGCGGAGAUCUUGCUGCGGGGUAUGUGUGAGCAGAGCUACUGGAACCCUCUGGAGGAUCCGCCGUGCCAGUCGCCCCUGGACGAUCCUCUCCGGAAAGGAGCAAACACGAAAACCUACACCCUCACCCGGAAAGCCCGCGUCUACUCAGGAGAGAACAUUUUUUGUCCUCAAGAAAAUACUGAAGAAGCCCUGUUGUUACUGCUGAUUAGUGAGUCAAUGGCCAACCGCGACGCUGUGCUGAGCAGGAUACCUGAGCACAAGAGCGACCGUCUCAUCAGUUUACAGAGCGCAUCUGUGGUCUAUGAUUUACUGACCAUUGCUCUUGGAAGAAGAGGCCAGUAUGAGAUGCUGUCAGAGUGCUUGGAGAGAGCCAUGAAGUUUGCCUUCGAGGAGUUCCACCUGUGGUACCAGUUUGCUCUGUCGCUCAUGGCUGCAGGAAAAUCCGCGCGCGCCGUGAAGGUGCUGAAGGAGUGUAUCCGCCUGAGGCCGGACGACGCCGCCAUCCCGCUGCUGGCCGCCAAGCUGUGUGUGGGCUCCCUGCACUGGUUGGAAGAAGCCGAGAAGUUUGCCAAAACGGUGGUUGAUGCAGGAGAGAAAACGUCAGAGUUCAAGGCUAAAGGCUACCUGGCCCUGGGGCUGACCUACAGUCUGCAGGCCACUGACGCUUCUCUGCGAGGGGUGCAGGAGGUCCUCCAGAGAAAGGCGCUUCUUGCGUUUCAGAGGGCCCACAGCCUGUCGCCCACGGACCACCAGGCCGCCUUCUACCUGGCCCUGCAGCUCGCCAUCUCCAGACAGAUCCCAGAGGCUCUGGGAUACGUCCGCCAAGCUCUUCAACUUCAAGGCGACGACGCCAACUCCCUGCACCUCCUCGCCCUCCUGCUCUCAGCGCAGAAGCAUCACCACGAUGCUCUGAGCAUCAUCGACAUGGCCCUGAGCGAGCAUCCAGAAAAUUUCAUACUGCUGUUUUCCAAAGUGAAGCUGGAGUCCCUCUCCCGGGGCCCGGACGAGGCGCUCCUCACGUGCAAGCACAUGCUACAGAUCUGGAAAUCCUGCUACAACCUGACCAACCCCAGUGAUUCUGGACGUGGGAGCAGCCUCUUAGAUAGAACCAUCGCUGACAGACGACAGCUUAAUACAAUUACUUUGCCAGACUUCAGCGAUCCCGAGACAGUGUCAGACUCCUCCUCCUCCUCUUCUCUUCCAAGAACCGCGUCUCCUCUCCACCUGUUUCUGUCUCCUCAUCCUCCUUCUCACCCCAAAACCGAAACCUUCGUGUGGCCCCCGGCUGCACGCUCAGUCAGUGACCCGGGGCCCCGCCAGGAGCCCUCUCUGUGGAAACAUGGCAACUCUCCAGAAGUAUACUUUCAUGGUUUUCCCUCCCUUUUUUCAGUUAGCUCCAUCCACGCCACAUCAGUCGCGGCCUCCAGAGUGGAGCAGGCGCUGUCAGAAGUGGCCUCGUCCCUGCAGAGCAGCGCCCCCAAGCAGGGCCCCUUGCACCCCUGGAUGACGCUGGCGCAGAUCUGGCUGCACGCAGCGGAAGUCUACAUCGGCAUCGGGAAGCCCGCGGAGGCCAUGGCCUGCACGCAGGAAGCUGCCAACCUCUUCCCCAUGUCCCACAACGUCCUCUACAUGCGCGGCCAGGUGGCGGAGCUCCGCGGGAACGUGGACGAGGCCCGGCGGUGGUACGAGGAGGCCUUGUCCAUCAGCCCCACCCACGUGAAGAGCAUGCAGCGGCUGGCCCUGAUCCUCCACCAGCUGGGCCGCUACAGUCUGGCCGAGAAGAUCCUGCGGGACGCGGUGCAGGUGAACUCCACGGCCCACGAGGUCUGGAACGGCCUGGGCGAGGUCCUGCAGGCUCAGGGCAACGACGCGGCGGCCACCGAGUGCUUCCUGACGGCCCUGGAGCUGGAGGCCAGCAGCCCCGCGGUGCCCUUCACCGUCAUCCCCCGCGCGCUCUGAGCCGCCCCGCCCUGCCCUUCCCGUCACCCCCCGCACCGUGCCCUUCCCGUCACCCCCCGCACCGUGCCCUUCCCGUCACCCCCCGCACCGUGCCCUUCCCGU